AUGCUGUGCCCCUACUUUACCCUCUUCUGCAAGGAAAACGAGAAAACUUUUCUAGCAUUCCUUUGGGAGCAGAAUUUAGUGAAGGUGGUGGGUAUAGUUAUAGCCACUAUCUGGAUGGGCGGUGAGAUCGGUUUACUUCUGGGUGAUCUCUGCCCUGUGGUGCUGACAUUUAGGCAAAACGAGGCAUCAUACAUACAGGCAGGUCAGUUUUACGGGUUGCACAAAUUCCUUGGCUGCAAGUGUUCACCAGAUCUUGCACUGAACAUUAAUUUCUACUAA